AUUUAUCAAGGAUUAACUGGUGAGUUUUCAACGCUGCGAUUUUUAUUUUUCCAAUGAAAAAAAAUAUACAAAAUAGGGGGUGUAAAAGAAAAACCAACGAAAAAAAAAUCUAAAUCGCAUGAAUGAAAAAUCUGGGAAAAGUCACAUUAUUAUUAUUUUUAAAGUUUGAUUUAUGUUAAUCAUUUGUUUUAUUUAUUUUAACUUUUAAACAAGUCUAGACGUGUCUGAAACUCUGAACAGGCACAAACAUGUUAUCUUUUUAAAUAAAUUUUUCCCCCAAGGGAUUUUUAAUAAAUCAAUUUGUAAGGAUUUAUCAACAACACAGAAUGGUAUUUUGCUCAAAUGGAGAUGUUGUUGGUGAUCCAAUUUUAGUAAGUAAUAAAUCAACUAAUCAAAUUGUUGAAAAAACAAUUAAUGUUGUUGUUGAUAAAUUAAAUAAUCAAGUUGUUGAUAAAUUGAAUGAUCCAGUUGUUAAAAAAAUAACAAAUGACAAUAAUAAAAAUACAAAUAAUACAUUUGUUGAUGAAAUAAUUAAUGUUGUUAAUAAAAAAAAAAGCGAUUUAGCUAAUGAAGAAUUAAAUAAUGUUAUUAUUAACAAAACAACUGGUACAAUUGACUCAUCAAUUGAACAAAUUAAAUCUAGCCAUUCAGAUAGCCAAAAAAAUAAUCAAAAAAAUGAAAAAUGUGAAUCUUUAAUAAAGUAUGGAGAACUUGUUGUUUUAGGUUACAAUGGAUAUAUACCACCAGCAAAUGUUGGUCGUCGUCGAAGUAAAUAUGCAUUUUACAAAAAACCAAUAGCAAAUGGAGUUAAACAAAGUAAAUUACAUUCUGUUGAAAAACCAAGAGAUUCAACAGCUGUAUCAAAUACUCUAAAACAUUCAAUAUCAUAUACACUAUCAAGAAAUCAAGCUGUUGUUGUUGAAUAUGAUACUGACACAGCAACUGACAUGUUUCAGAUUGGUCGUGCACAAGAGCCACAAAUUGAUUGUCAUGUUAAAGCAACUCAACCUGGUGGUAUUGGUGGUAGCUCAACAGAUGUUGACAGUACCAGAAUAAGUAGAUAUGCAUGUCGUAUUAUUAUUGAUCGUGAUGAUAAAAAUACAGCUAGAAUAUAUGCAGCUGGUUUUGAUAGUUCAAGAAAUAUUUUUUUAGGAGAAAAAGCAACAAAAUGGCAAGAUAAUGAUAAAAUUGAUGGUCUAACAACAAAUGGAUUAUAUAUAAUGCAACCAAUUGGUGAUUAUAAUGGUGGUAAUGGAAAAAAUGGUAUAUGGAGAGAAAUAAGUGUUGAUGGUAAUGUUUAUGCAUUACGUCCAACACGUAGUGAUCAUCAUAAAGGUACUCAUAUUAUUGGUGAAAAUAAUAUUCUAAAAGAUGGUACAUUAAUUGAUUUAUGUGAAGUAACAUUACUCUGGAGAUCAGCUGAGGGUUUAUCAAAAACACCAACUAAAAAUGAUUUAGAAAAAUUUGUUGGUGAUAUUAAUUCUGGUAGACCACAAUGUCCAGUUAAUUUAAAUACACUUGUUAUACCAAGAAAAACAAAUAGUAGUAGUUCAUCACAACAACAUCAACCAUAUGUUUAUUUACAAUGUGGACAUGUACAAGGUAAUCAUGAUUGGGGACAAGAAAAUUCAACAACAAGAAAAUGUCCAAUGUGUCAUGGUACUGGACCAGUUGUUAAAUUAUGUAUGGGUAAUGAACCGGCUUUUUAUGUUGAUGAAGGACCACCAAAUUAUGCAUUUAAUCCAUGUGGUCAUAUGGCUAAUGAAAAAACUGUUUUAUAUUGGUCACAAAUUGGCAUACCACAUGGUACCAAUGGAUAUAUAUCAUUGUGUCCAUUUUGUGCAAUACCACUUGAUGGUUAUCCUGGAUAUGUUAAAUUAAUAUUUCAAGAUAAUAUUGACUAACUGUAUAGAAAAAUUUGCAUGAAUAAAAAUAUUGAUGAUCGAAAUUACCAA